AUGUACCUGAGAUUUCAGCGCCUUGUCGCCGUGACAACGGGAAGAGGCAUGUUUACCGUUCGUCACGGCGGCGCCUUCUCACAUCCCGUGCCUCGCCGAGGGCUACACCUUUCUGCCCCCAGACUGAGCGUCGGUUCUGGCAUCUUCUUUGCCGAAAACGCCUUUGAAGGGGAGCAGCUGCAGCAACAGUUGGCAGUGGCUGCCGCCACUGCAGACUAUGACGAGACUAGAAGCGAGGCGUCGACUCGCUCCUUGACAAACGAGGCGGAAAUAGCGGAGGUCACUGCGCAGGAAACGUGCGGAUUGACUGCUGUUUCAAUUCUGCGCGACGCGGUACCGUUGACGAGUUCCGAGGAUAUCAAGGACCUUCUAAAAGGCUGUAAAAACGGCAAGGAGGUGCGGCACGUUCUGGACACUGUUUUGUACUGCAACCCACUUUGCCAUGAUGUGUUGAAUGGUCACGGCUACCGCGUGGCUGUGCUGCAGGCGUUGACAGCCGUGGCGCCGCGCACGCAAUGCAUGCAUGAGUGGUUUGAGUGCGUGGAUAAGUUUCGCCGGCUGGGCUUCGUCCUGACGCGCACCUUCGCCGCCGAGGGUUUCACGGUGAUUCGCGAGUGGCUCUCCCAUCACUUUAGCUACGAGGGCCGCUCGCCACUGCUCGUGACGGAAGGUAUUUUUCACAUUCGCGAACUUGUACAAUUUUGCAAGGAGGACCGCCUGGUUUUUGAUCACGUUCUGUACACCCGCAUUGUGUUUCUCCUCACCAUGAUUGUGGGUUUCUUUGACCGGCAGAAUAUUUAUCGCUCAAGUUUUCCGGAAAACUUUACCAAACGUGACGGUGUGGUGGUGGAGUGGGUGAUCAGCUGCGAACGAUGCGUUGAUUUUGAUGAGUGUGUCCUGCAAUGUGACGCGAUGCUGGAGGAGGUGUUAGAGAUGCUCCGCCAGGAUAUCCCCUCGCGUCCUAACUUUAGUGUGAUGUAUCGACUGAUUGACUACUACUUUGCAACAGAUAAUGUGGAGAAGAUGAUUGCUGUGAUGGAGGACGCCGAGAGCUACGGGAUCAGCAUCGCCGAAAGCAGCACCGCAAAGCUUAUGCAGCUUGCCUGCGCUCUGAAUUACCCCACUGUGCCAGAGCUUUUUAUGCGCUGGAGGGUGUCGCUGCCGCAAUGCGUCUUGGCAACCCCCGACAUGAGCCGGUUGAUGUUCUACUACGCGCGUUCCGGGGGUGGGAAGCCGUGUCCUUUGUGUGGCGAGCCGUAUAAUCACCGUAACGUGAAUGUCUAUGUGUGGCAAAAUACACCGGAGCAUCAGCGCAACUGCCAGGCAUUGCUUGGACGCACGGCGGCGCAAAGGCGAGUUGGAUGA